ACUAAUUUCACGAGUCGAACUUAUGAUCUUUUAUUUACAAAAGAGAGACUAAUGUUGUUAGAUCAAAUAAUACUGAGCAAACAUGAUUCUGUCAUUCUAGCCCAAGACCCUACGGUAGUCCAGGACAAUCUCAUAAAAUAAGGUGGCGUAUUGUGUAACAACUUCGAACCCUGUGUCAGAAUGAAUCUGUAUAAGGAGUUCGGGUCCUUAUAGGAUAAGUAAUAAGUAAUAACCCCAUUAACCACGUUCUCUUAGGAAAUAUACAAGCUUUUGAAACCAGCCACAUUCUCGAUUAGGGUUUGGUUUUCUUGAUCCAAAACAAACCACAAACCCUAAACCCAAAUUUCUCAAACAAACCACAAACCCUAGCUAGCAGUAAAUCCCAACACAUAUUCAUUGAUCAUAUCUCUUUCGUGGAAGCAUGGGAACCAAAAGAAGCUGCCCCUCUUUGGGUGAAGAUCUCAUAGUAGAAAUUCUGUCCAGAUUACCUUUGAAGUCUCUGAUGAGGUUUAGCUGCGUGUCAAAAGAGUGGUAUUCUCUCACCAGAAACUCUUACUUGAUCAAUAUUCACCUUCGUCGCGCCAAUUCGAAUCUCUCUCUUCUCACUCAUGAAUAUGAUCGUGAUAAGCGGUUCAAUACUGAUCCAAAGUUUGGAAUCUCAAUGCUUGGAGAUGAAGCAGCAGACCUUGUGAGUAUAGAUUUACCUAUCUUGUCGAACUCUUUCAAGUUUACAAACAUUUUAGGAUCUAGUAAUGGCUUAGUAUGUCUUGUAGCUAGGGUGAAAAAGAAAACACGAAAGUUUAUGGAUAGUGCAGAAAUAAUAAUAUGGAACCCAGCAACAAAACAGUUUCGAAGUCUUCCUAAACCUGUACUUGAGGAAAAUUUCCAUCGUUUUGAUCGUCCUACUCUUGGUUUUGGAUUUAGUGAUGAUAACACCGAUGAUUACAAAUUAGUUAAUAUUUUCCAUAAGCAAGUACAAGUCUUCACCCGAAGUACAAAUUCUUGGAGAGAAGUCGAAGGCAAAGGGUAUCCAUCAUGUAAAUAUUGUUAUGGAGAUUUUUGGGUUUCGUUGAAGGGAGUGCUGUAUUGGUCGGCAAGGACCGAUAGAUCCAAGGGCGGUUUUGUUUUGUCUUUCAAUCUGCGUGAUGAGGUAUUUCAUGUCAUACAAUUACCAUUCGGGAAUGAUUGGUACUCUCGACUGCUUCUGUGGAAAAACUCACUAGCAAUCGUGAGCAAGAAUCAGGUUUGGAUGGCGAAGACCGAUGACUCUGAUGAGAGUGGUGACAAUAACAAAAUCGUUUGGACCAAACAAUUUAGCAUUGAUUUUUCAAUAUCACGAUGUGAAGAGAUCUUUGGAAUUUGGAAGGAUCAAGUACUAAUUCGGAGACAUAUCUCAAGAUAUGACAGGCUUUAUUUGUAUGACCCUAUAACCAAGGAAAGGGGAAAGUUGCUUCAGAAACCUGAAGAAAAGAACUAUUAUGGUUAUGGUCAACUAGUCAAUUAUGUGGAGAGCCUAGCUUUAGUCUAAACUACUAUCGAGUUGUGGAUCGAAUAGCUAGGAACUUACAAAUGAACCAAGUACUUUUCUUCAAUAUUCAUUUGGCAUAGGGGCUUGUAACUAAUACAGUUGAGUUGUUUGUACGUACGUAGAAGUUGCAUUGAGGUCUUCAUCUGUUGUAUUGCUGAUAAUGAUAAAGCAGAAACAUUUUCAUCGUGUCCCAUAUGGUAUUCUCAUGAAUCGUACUAAUUUAGUUAGGGACCCUUGUAUUGCUGUGAAUAUAUAUACACACGUACUGGUCGAUUUCCUAGAUAGGUUCCUGGGCGCUCUGAGAAUUGUAGUCCCUUAUUCUUUCGGUUUUGGGUUGCGUAAUGUGUGUCAAAUGCACUAACAUGAUGGUUCACUUCUUUCUGGUUGAUUCACUUCUCUGAUCGUUGUUUUAUUUCAGAUCCCGCCUGUAUUAAGGCUGGAUAAGGGGAUGUUUCACAGCGUUUUGACGUUGGAUCUGGGCCACAUUUCUCUCUUGUACGUUAUCGAUUAUGUUUUUUGUGUUUUAAUUUCCAUAUUGUUGUCAAUAAGUUCUUCUACUUUUUGCAGAUUGAGUGACUACUUGAUCUUUACACUGUAUUUUGUUCUUUUGUUUGAUCUAUCUAUUCUUGCGUACGUGUAUUGGAUCUUCG